UUGUUUUGCAGCCAGGUCCAUCAUUUGGAAAUCAGGAAGGCUUGUGUCUCAUAUAUGAGAGAAAACCAACAAACUUUUGAGUCUUAUGUGGAGGGAUCUUUUGAGAAAUACCUGGAACGGUUGGGAGAUCCCAAGGAAAGUGCUGGCCAGCUGGAAAUAAGAGCUCUUUCUCUAAUUUAUAAUCGGGAUUUCAUUCUUUAUCGCUAUCCCGGAAAGCCUCCAACUUAUGUCACAGAUAAUGGCUAUAAAGACAAGAUUCUACUCUGCUAUUCAAGUAAUGGCCAUUAUGAUUCAGUAUACUCAAAACAAUUUCAGUCAAGUGCAGCUGUUUGUCAGGCUGUAUUGUAUGAAAUUCUCUAUAAAGAUGUGUUUGUUGUGGAUGAAGAAGAGUUGAAGACUGCAGUUGAAUUAUUUCGAAGUGGUUCCAAAAAGAACAGAAACAAUGCUCUGACUGGCAGUGAAGAUGUCCAUAUUGACUACAAGAGUUCAACUCAGGAUAGGCCUGAAGAGUUGGGUGCCUGCUGCAGUGUUGAAAAUAUCCCAGAGGGGUACAGUCAAGGAACAGAAGAAGCAAAGUCUCCAGAAAGUACAUCAAAGAUGCUCUUCCCCUAUAAGGUGCUCAAAGCCCUGGAUCCAGAAAUCUAUCGUAAUGUAGAAUUUGAUGUUUGGUUGGACAGCAGAAAAGAACUUCAAAAAUCUGAUUACAUGGAGUAUGCUGGGAGACAGUACUAUUUGGGAGACAAGUGUCAGGUUCGCUUGGAAUCGGGAGGAAGAUACUAUAAUGCUCAUAUUCAGGAAGUUGGAAAUGAGAACAAUUCAGUAACAGUCUUCAUUGAAGAAUUGGCAGAAAGGCAUGUGGUUCCGUUGGCUAACUUAAAACCAGUUACCCAAGUCACACCUGUUCCUGCCUGGAAUGCUAUGCCCAGUCGGAAAGGAAGAGGUUACCAGAAAAUUUCCGAGGACUGUGUCCCAGAAAUGGCUAUGUCAGAGAUGGAUAUGAAACAACAGAAGAAGAUGUUCAAAAAAGUUAGAGGAAAAGAGGUUUAUAUGACUAUGGCUUACAGCAGAGGAGACGCCUUCCUCCCACCCAGGCUUCAGCACAAUAUGCAUUAUGGGCAUAACCCUCCAAUGCACUACCCACAGACAGCUGGCAGUAUUAUGUCUAAUGAACAUUUUCAUCCUCAGCAUGCGUCUCAGAGACAAGGUCGGGGAUACGGGAUGCCCAGGGAUUCAUCUCGCUUUAUAAACAGGCAGAACAUGGAGGGCCCCAAAGUUGGUUUUUACCCUGGCCCGGGUAAAAGAUGUUUGCAGAGCUAUGAUAACUUCUCCUAUAGAUCUCGUUCCUUUAGACGUAGUCACCGCCAGAUGCAUUGUAUGAAUAAGGAGUGCCAGUAUAGCUUUGCCCCAGAGAGUGGACAGAUGCCCAGGGGCUUGGAAGAAACCAUUACUUUUUAUGAAGUUGAAGAAGGUGAUGAGACUGCUUAUCCAACUUUACCUGUAAGUAGGUCAAAGAUUUAUUCAAAAAGCUGCUUACUUUCUUUUUUAAGUAAAGGCAGUGUGGAUAGAUGGAGAUAUCAUGAAGAAUAUAUUUAUCCUUCAGAACCAGACUAUGAAACUUCAGGUGUUUAUAGCACAACUGAAUCUACAGCAAACUUGUCUCUUCAGGACAGAAGACCAUGUUCUAUGUCUCCUCAGGACACAGUUACCUCAUACAACUAUCCCCAGAAGGUGAUGGUAAAUUCUGCAGCAAUUGCAGCUUCCUGUGCCAAUAAUGUUCCAGCUCCAGUCUUACCUAACUAUGCAGCAGCUAAUCAAGCUAGUAGUACCACUUCAGUUUCCUCACAGAAUGUUAUACAGCCUCUAUUUGUAUCUCCACCUAUACAAGGCAGGCCAGUGAUUGCUUCACCAUCCUAUCCAUACCUUUCUGCUCCUAUUCCUGCUGCUGCUGCUGCUUUACCACCUCCACCUCCUCCUCUUGAGGUGGGAGAGGCUUCAAACUUACCACCACCACCUCCACCUUAUUCCUGUGAUCCAAGUGGCAGUGAUCUGCCUCAAGGUAAGGAGAUUUUGAGACUUGUAUCCAUUUAUGUUGAUGUUUUAGUGAAUCUUUGUAUAAAGUGUGUACUAUAUGCAUUCUUUGUUUCAGGUACUUUUCCAAAUGCUGACCCUGCAUCUGUCCCUCAUGGAGCAGUCUAUUAUCCAAUGAUGUCAGAUCCCUAUGGGCCACCACCUUUGCCGGGUUUUGAUUCCUGUCUUCCUGUUGUGCCAGAUUAUCCCUAUGUUGCCCCCUGGCAUCCAGUUGGUGCAGCAUAUGGUGGUUCUUCUCAAAUUCAUGGUGCUAUGAAUCCCGGGCCAGUUGGCUAUAUUGCUUCACCUCCCUCAGCUUCUCAUUACAUACCUCAGAAUAUGUAAGAUUCAGCAAUAUGAAGUAUUCUUGCACUGCCAUUUUUUGCUGUUUUGGUUUUUAAAAAGUGUUUUAUGUUAGUGUUAAGUGAUUUAGGUGGUUAGGGUGGUUACUAUUGUAUCUGUCUUUAAGAUUAUUUUAUCUUUUGAUUUAAAAUACUACUUAAAGGAAUAUUACUUUGGGUUGUGGAUAUCAAGAAAUUGAGAUGGAUGUACAGCUAGCCCCAUUUUGAGCAUAUUUCAUUAUAAGCAAUUGUUUUCCUGUCAGCCAGCUUGUCAACUUUGUAUUAUCUGAUGGUUCCAGUUGAUAAAAGGAGUAAAUCAUACAAACUACUUCCUUGGUUCAGAUGUCACAUAUCAUAUUAAACCAUGCAAAAUUGGAAUAACUUCCAUGUUUUUUCUAGAAAAUAAAAAACAAAACCAAGAACAUUUGCUUCUGGAUAACUAUUAAAUGAGAGAGCUUUUCAGGUUUCUUAAGAAUUGUCUGAACUGAGUUAUGUUCUGUGAUAGUAAUCAGUUUUGAAGGCACAUGGUGCUCUGCUUUAGAUUUAUCCCAUAUGCUAUUGUUUGAUAUUGGAUUUAUGUAACUGUUUUACUGCACAGUAUUGAAUUGGUGUCCUUUGCACAGUUAGCAGUAAAUAAAAAUUAGCAUUUAAAAUUG